AUGGUGUCCAUCCUGGGGCAGGAGCAAGUGUACCAAUUCCUCCAGAAGCCGAUUUCACUUGCCGGGGCCGAAGGGGUUAUUCCCACUGAGAAGCCCGCAUCCCGGGUUCCUAGAGAGGCCGCGCUGGGGGCGGGAGGAAAAUGCGCUUCCGGCAGCGUCGGGACUCGGGAAUCGGGCGGGCUGGCUGCGGGCUGCGGCGCUCGGACCCCGCCUCGGCCUGGGCCUCCCCGCGGGGAGGAUGAGCUGGGGCCGGGAGGAGGGGCAGGGCUCCAGAAAAGGGGGACUGAGCUGGGGAGGGGAGGGCCGGCCCGCGUAGACCAGGGGCCCCCCGGGGUGCGGGGAGUGGGGGGUGGUGCGCCUGAACUUGGCCGCCCCGGAGGCUUGUGGUCUCUCCGCCGCAGGCUGGUCCGGGGAGGCGCGGGGUGGGCGGCCGUUUCUCCUGGAAGGGCCAGCAGCCCGGUCGCCCGCCGGGGCCCUCGCCGGCCCCUCCCCGAGACCUCGAACGUUCCAGAGCCCGGGGAACCCUCACACCCAGUUAGAUUGCCUCACAGCCUCUCAGAUGAACCGGAGGACCACAUCUUUGCAGUAUCUUCUCCAGUAACCAUGGUGACACUGCCUCCUCAACACAGCUACCUUCUGUGGGUACAGUACGACUGGCCCAGCAGUGGAGUGGGCAAGAACUCGGUGACGGCCAUUGGAACAGCUCAAAGGGCUCAUUCGCCCCGGGCCUUCUCCAGAGGGAGAUGUAACUGUGGAAGAAUGGUCAGAGAGAUGCAACACUGCUGCUCUGAAGAAGGGGGAAGGAGACCACGAGCCAAGGACUAUGGAGUCCCUCCGGAAGCAGGAAAAGGCGAGGAAACGGAUCCUCCUCUAGAGCCUUGGAAGGAACACAGCGCUCCCUACCCCUUGAUUUUAGCCCAGUGAGACCCAUAUUGGACUUCUGACCUCCAACACUGUAAGAUAAUAAAGCUAUGUUAUUUUAAGCCACCAAAUGUGUGGUAAUUUGCUACAACAAUAGAAUACUGAUGCAACAACAAAAAAGCUUUAAGAUGUAUGCCUUCCUGUUGUGACCUCUACUUCAUCUUCCUUUUCUUUUCAGCUUCACUCUUUUUAAAAUUUUAUCUUAUAUAUAUUUUUGGCCGCAUUGCGUGCCUUGCAUGGAUCUUAGUUCCUGGACCAGAGAUUGAACCCAGGCCCUCGGCACUGAAAGUGCAGAGUCCUAACUACUGGACUGCCAGGGAAUUCCCCCAGCUUCACUCUUAAGCUAAACUUCCUCCUUGCCCACAGCUUUGUGAGUCAGCAGUCAUGGGGAGAGAACGAAUGGAAAGAACACUGAGCUUCAAGACAAGGAACCAAAGUUGUAGUUCUAGCUUUGCACUAACUUGCUGUGUGACUCUGAGCCAAUUGC